AUGUGUAAUGUUUUUCUUGUUCGUUGUCAUGGCUUGUUCUGUCCUCUCCUUGUCUGGCAGGUCUACUACACGGGCCUCGAGUCCCACCCUGACUACGACAUCCACACGGCACAGGCCAGCGGCGGAGGCAGCGUGGUCUGCUUCCGCACAGGCUCUCUCGCGUUCUCGCAGCACAUCGUAUCGGUGACCAAGCUUUUCAAGAUCACCGUGAGCUUCGGCAGCGUGAACAGCCUCAUUUCCAUGCCCGCAGCCAUGUCCCACGCAUCCAUCCCGGCGGAGGUACGCGCCGCCCGCGAGUUCCCCAACGACCUGGUGCGUCUGUCGAUCGGCAUCGAGUCUGCGGAAGACCUCAUCGCGGACCUCACCAAGGCCAUGCAGUCUUACACCGCUCCGGGCCCUUCAGCAGCCGCCAAGGCUGCGGCCGCCGCCUCCACUUCCGCCGAGCAAUAGUGCCGCCACUCGGUGCAGUGUGUAGAGGUGUCGCGUUUUUUUUUUUAAGAGACGCAAUUGCUGCUGCAUGCGUGUGUGUGUUACGUUAGCGCCGACCGGCUGACCAAUGAGAUAUAAAGUCAGAGGGGGGCACCAUGGAAGAAGUUGUUUGCGUUUGUGUGUGUGUCGAGAACAGACACAUGGGUGUGUCAAAAAGACACGAUGGCUUGAGUUGGAGGUGCGUCCUUGUGAUGGCGCGGCUCCUGCUUCAUGCCCACGAUUUUUUUUUUGUCGAAAACCGAGGUGUGUCGUGGGAAAGCCACGGCGGCCAUCGAGGCUUCGAUGGUAAAUGCACGUCGCAUCGUUGUUUUAUGCCGUUGCCAACCAGUUCUUUGUUGAGGAGGGCAAGAUUUGACAUGACACGGUAAUUUACUGAAUUGCAUUUGAUCAUUCUUUGGGUUUGUAGCUGUAUGGGAUGGGCCGAUUGUGCGCGGUACGGAUGUUCGUUAUCCGGCACUGU